ACAAAACCCAGAAACAUGAAAUGCAUACACUCAAAAUUCAACAAAACCCAACAUGAAAUCCAUAAACUCAAAAUUCAUCAAAACAUGCCCAAGAAAGAUUGCUGCCAUAUAGGAGAUGUAGGACGUUGGUUCCGGCGGCCAUCGACUGCCUUUCCAGAGAAAUGACGCAUCACAUCCUACAUUCUCCAUCUCCACGCCUCCAUCCAUGAACCCACCUAAAUCAGCUCCAUCGCCCCUUUUUCGGCACUCAUACCCAUAUUUGCCUUCUCCCACAAUCUCGCCGUCGACCGUUCACCACUCAAAAAUUUGGCCUAUCUUUUUCGAUGAAAAGGCUGGCAACAGGGACAGGCGCCCGUUUGAACCGGUUUCCAUUCCAGUGGGGACCCGAAAGCCAGGGUGCAGGGGGCUGCAGCCAGGAGUUGUGUCCCUUUCCAUUGCUGCAUUGGUGAUCCCUGCUGCAUUUGCUUCUCUUGCCGUGAAUGUGCAUAACAAGACCGCCAAGCAAAAAGAUGUCAACUUCUUGGAGAUCGUAGCCAUUUUUCGACAAUGUAAUUCUUGUGAAAUUUUAGCUCUUCGUUUACUGGAUAUGUCAAUGUUGAGUCGGUGAAACUCACUGGAUGCAAUUUAUAUCUGAAUUUUAAUUAUUAUAAUAAGAUAUUUUUCAUA